AUGCCCAAGAGUCAGAAGGUAUCGAAGAAGUCGAUUGGUAUGCCAAAAGCGCCUUGGAUCUAUGUUAACGAUCCUACACCUGGAGCAUGCCAUGCGUUGGAACUGGCAGCCAUGAUAGAAGGCGCUCUAUGUAUCAGAUUCUGGGAGCGUCCCGCAGACUACACUUUGGACGGCAAACGUUCAGUCAUUCUCCUCGCCAAGCAGCCACAUUGCGCAACCACUGAGAGUCUUACCGCUCUGAAAGAAGUCAGAGCUAUGGCCCGAAGUCGUGCCGCCAAUUUUGUGACAGUGAACAUCACCACUGGCUCGGAAAAAGCUCCUGCACAUGAUGAGCUUCGAGGCAACCAUCUCGAAGUCGUGGCUGCCAAAGAUGUAGCCCAAACCAUCCAUAAGUGGCUUUUAGUCACCGUUCUCACCAUUCGAGAGACUCUUUACCUGAUCUCACAGGCUGAGAUGAAGAAAGCCGACACCAAAUUCCCCAACUAUGCCUACUGUCCUAUCUCACAGGUGGAUUCCAUCCCGAAGAACGCCAAGAUACAGCUGGUCUGCCUUAUCCUUGACAAGCCGCAAAUCAAGGACGGUAAUCGUUUGACUUGGUCUGUCGCUGAUCGUACAGGUGUUGCCAAGUUCUACUUUCAAUGGCGCGACAGCAGUUCUCAGCACACAUGGGACUUUGUGCUCAACCUCAAAGCUGGUCAACGAGCAGCGCUGCCACGAAUGCCCAUGGUUGAAUUCAGGGAGAAGAAGCGAGUGAGAUUGGUGAAAGCACCACUCCGGGCCACUGCUGCCGUCUUUGCAGGAACUGGGCUUGCUAUUAGAGCUGUGGGUAAUGGUCUUUGCAAGGUCGGUAAGGCUGUCAGCAUGGGCAAGAGUAGUGAGUGGGUAUCUGAGGCUGAUGUCGGACCUGAUGGGAAGAAGAUUGAUUGGAGUAAGGUAGGGCAGGCGGUGGAUGCGAAGAAACCUAGCUCAUCGAAGAUUACCGAGAUGUGCAACGAGAAGAGCGAGAAGACAUGGGGUGAUGAUGCAAGUGUUGCCAGCACUGAUGUAGGAAGCGUUGUGGAUGAGAAGGCUGAGAAGGAGUUUUCCUAG